AUGUUAUCAGAAUUACCAUUAGAAAUUCAAAUGAAACUACUACAUAUGGUUCCACAUUCAAAUUUAAAAUAUAUAAAUUCACAUUUUUAUAUUUUAUAUAAUGAUUUAUUUUAUCAUAAAAUUAUAAAUACAUUUGGAGAAGAUACUUUAGAAGUUAUUAUAAAAAUUUUACCAUGGUUAAAACCUUAUAUUAAAUCAUUAGAUUCUUUUAGAUUUGUAAAUAGAAUGAUUAUUGCAAAAAGAUUAAAUUUAAUUGAUGAUUUAACUCAAGAAAAUAAUGAUUUAGAACCCGAAGAUAAUAAUCCAUUAAAUGUUCAAUUUGUUAAAGAUAGUUGGAAAUAUAUUUAUUCAAUUUUAAAAAAUAAAAGAUUAUAUGCUGAAUAUUCAGAUUAUAAAAUUGAUGAACCUUCAAAUUAUAUAUAUAAUCAUUUUGUUGAAAUUAAUAGAACUUAUUUAUUAAGUUAUUCUAAAUAUGUUUGGUUAGCUCCUGGAAUGUAUAAUUUAAAUAUUGGAUUAGCUGUUAAAUAUGGUCAUGGUUUAGGAACAACAAAAUUUGAAAUAAAAUAUCAUGAAGAAGAAGAAGAAGAAGAUAAUAAUGAAAAUGAAAAUGAUAAAAAUAUAAUUGAAAAUCAAAAUCAAGAAGUACCACCACCAAGAGAAAUUUUUCCAGAACAUUUAAGAGCUCCAAAAACUUCAACAAUUAAAUCAGAACUGUUUUAUCCUCCAACAAAUAUUAAUGAUAUGAUACCGAAAAAUCAAUUUUGUUUUUUAAAAUUAGGACAAUUUAAAGUACCACCAUUAAAAAAUAAAACAUUAAAAAAUUCUAAAAAUAAAUUAAGAAAAAUUGAAAUUAAAAUGGAAGAGAUUGGAUUAUAUUUAAAAUCAGGAUUUAGAAUUUAUUUUAUUGAUAUAAGUCAACCAUCUUUAUUAUAUAAUGAAUAUGAUUUAUCUUAUUAUACUUUAAAUGAAACAGAUUAUAAAUAUUUUAUAAAUAUUUUAUUAAAAAAUUUAUAUAAAGCAUUAAAUUAUGUUCAAAAUGGUGGAUGUUCUGAUAAUACAAGUAUAUCAUGUUGUCCAAAACAAUAUGGAAAAGGAAAUCCUUAUGAUAUAUGGGAUAAAUAUGAUAGAUCAUUUUUAAAAGAUUAUAGCGAUAAGAAAAUGAAUUCAUUAAUUACAACAACUUCAUUAACACCUUCCAAGUCAUCAACAAGUUCCUCCUCUUCAUCAUCAUCAUCAUCAUCUUUAAGUUCAAUGAAUCAUUUAGAUUUUAAAUAUGAUUUAAAAAAAUUAGAUAAUUAUUCAAAAUUUUAUUUUCAAACAAAUGAAGAAAAAAAUAUGAGAAGAUAUUUUAAAUUUAGUACAAUUUAUCAACAAAGACAAUUUAUAAAUAAAUAUGGAGAUUUUAAUUUAGAUUGGAAAGAUGAAAUUGCUUCUAAAAAGAAUAAUAAUAAUAGAAGUGAUCAAUUAAAAUUAAAUUUAAAUAAUGAAAGUAAUGAUGUUUCUUCAACUACUUCUGAAACAUUAUCAAAAUUUGAAGAAAAUAGUGAAAAAAAACGGAAAAUAAAUCAAAGAAAUUGUAGAUAUGAUAAACAGGGUUUAAAAUGGAGAAUACCCAUAAUUGGUGAGCUAUAA